CUUAUAUACCCGGAUUUCAAACAUGAGAAGCUCAAAGCAGAUCGUACAGCCCAUCUAAGAAUACAAUCAGCGCGAUCGAUUGGCAAUUACAUCUGCCAUGUCCUUGCUAAUCUUGAUGAUGGCGGGCCUCUCCCUUAUCCUCUUCAACCAGGAACCAAGAUUCAAAAAUUCCGUCUCCAAAUCCACCUCAUUAUCAGUAACGAGCCCAAAUGCAUCAUACCACGGCAGAAAGGAAGCAUCCGCGUAGCUAAACCGCCCACCAACCAAGUACUCGCGAUCAUUAAGCACCUUAUCCAACACUCCCGACACCCGAAGAACCUCAUUCUUGUACCUUUCCCGCGCGCUUGGGACCUUUUCCGGAUGCCAGGUCCGAAACCAGGCGGCCUGGCCAAAGUACGGACCCUGUCCGCUGACCUGGAAGUAGAUCCACUGUUUGGCAUGAUAGUAUUCGGGGGUGCCGGCGGGGAAACUAAUCGUUUUGUCCUUGUCGUAUGUCUCGACGAGGUAUUCGAUGAUGGCACCUGACUCCCAUAGGGUAAUUCAGGUGUUGGGAUCUUCGAUGGCGGGCAGACGGCCGUUGGGGUUGAUGGAGAUGAACGGCUCGCUUUUUACUUCUGUGAGGGGGACGUAGGUGGUCUUGUAUGGCACGUGAAUGUUCUUCGAGGAUCAUGGCCACUUUUCAGGGGUUGGGCCCGUGAGUGUGGCCGUAGAGGGUGAUAGGCUUGGACAUUUUGUUGUCUGACCGUAAUCAAAGUGGAUUAUCGGGGGUAGUGUCUCGAGCAGAAGAUGAUUGCGCGAUCAGAUGUCUGACCGGGUCCAGUGAUCUUAAAUACAUGUCCC